AUGAAUAAAAAAAAUAAACAUAUACUUGUAUGAAUUUGAAAUAUCAAUCAUUACCAGUCUCACUCACCAAAGAUUAUUUGAAAUAUUUCUCACGAUCGUUCAUUUAUUUCUAUAUUGCCGAAGGCCGCCGUCGAAAGAAAACCGCAAUCCACCGAAAAUUCCUCUUAAUUAAAAAAAAAAUCAGCUAGAACGAAGGCGUACAUAUUGGCAUCCUGUUGCGUAAAAAAUUUUGCGGUGAGCACACGAUGAUAAUCUCGCCAAGAGCGCACGCACACGCGGUCGGGGCAGCAGAGAGCACAAGUAAGGCGUAUUAUAUGUGCCUGACCUAGAUUUAUCAUCGGAGCUUCCUGCGGGAAAUUCGCCAUAUAAACCGCCCGGCGACCUCGCGUCGUGCCUUAGUAUAAGCGACAGGAUCUCGUCGGCGGGGCAUGUGUUUCCCUCCUCGAAAGUCGCCAAAAUGAUGCUGAGGAUCGUGUUGGUUGCAGGUUUCCUCGCGGCAGCGAGCUUCAACGAACUCGUUGACGCCGAGCCAGGAUCGGACUUUAUGUUCAGAAACGACGACUAUGACGACGAAUUGACGGUAAACGACCAACGUUACAAACAGGAAAGUUACUCGCACAAGUCAUCGCAUGAAUCCUCCAACCGAUUUCACAGUCGAAUCGGUGGUAUCGAUUUCGACGGUGGCUGCACCUCCGCGCCCAAUUACGUGAUUAAUGGCAACUUGAGCUGUCACUCGUCAGAGUACGUACGCUUGGAAGAGAAAUCGUUUGUUUUACCCGGUCCCAACGAUGUUUCUGCUUACAGAGGCUGUCGAGCAAGUUGCCUGCCGGACCACCGGUUUCCGAACGGCGAAACGGAGCUUGCGAUCGUCUGUCGCGACGGUGCGUGGAGGGUUCAAGGCGCUGAUUACGACGCGAGCAUACCCCAUUGCGAACCCGUUUGCCUACCCGAAUGUAAAAACACUGGGAUCUGCAUCCGGCCGAACCAGUGCAACUGCCCGGAUAACUUCUCCGGGCCACAGUGUCAAUUCGAGAACAAGCCGUGCCUGAACGCGCCGCCCACGGUGAAGAACGCUGAGAUGGCAUUCAACACCAAGACGAGCACGAUAACGUGCCACAAGGACUUCACCUUCCCGGGCGGCUCGACGAUCGCGAACAUGAUCUGCAGGCACGGCAAUUGGGAGCCGACCAGGACCGACUGGGUUUCCGUGCCCGACUGCCAACCCAAGUGCCACCCGCCCUGUCAGAACGGAGCGGUGUGUCUCUCGCUGAACGUGUGCCAGUGCCCUCAAGACUUCGUGGGAGCGCAGUGCCAAUACAGUGCGGACGUGUGCAGCUCGACCAAUCUGAACUUCAACGGUGGCACGGAGUGCGCGACCCUGGAUGACUUCUCGGUUGGUUGCCACCUGACCUGCCCGCCGGAGGUGCCGUUCGAGUACGCGCCCGCGGCGCAAUACGUGUGCCGCUACGACGUGGGUCGGUUCGAGCCGCGCCGAGUGCCGCAGUGCGUGCCGCCCGCGGGCGCGAGCAUCUUCAGCCUCGGCAGCAUCGAGAAGCGGACCCACGUCACGCGCACCCUCAACACCUCGUGGCGGAUCGAGUCGGGCGGCGCGGCGUUUGGCGACGCCAGCUCGACCGCGUUCGCCCACGGUGACGGACUGUUCGUCGACGUCGCCGGCGUCGAGGGGGGCGGCCCCGGAGUAGUGGGGCUCGCCAGACCCGAGGGCGGCGCCUGCUUCACCUGGGGCGGCGCCCACUACAAGACCUUCGACGGCCGGGUGCUCAGCUUCGCGGGUAGCGACUGCGCGUACACGCUGCUGAAGGACGCGCGCGAUGGUCUGUUCACGGUGGUCGCGCAGAGCGACCCGCUGUGCCGUGGCGGUGCGCCCGGCUGCCCGCGGAUGCUGCGCCUACUGGUGCAGGGCAGACAGUACGAGCUGGCGGCGAACGCCGCGACGGGGUCUCCGGAGCUGCGCAGCGGCGGCCGCGUGCUGGCGGUGCCGUCGCAGCUGCCGAGCCUGCGGCUGGAGGCCGAGAGCGGCCGGUUCCUCGCGGUGACGCUCGACGCGCUGGGCCUGAAGGUCAAGUGGGACGGUGCGCGACUGGCGCAGAUCGAGGCCUCGGAGUCACUGUGGAACAGGACGGCCGGGCUGUGCGGUAGCCUGGAUGGGCGGCGGCACGCGGACCGGGGCCCCGGCGCGAAGGACCCGCUGCGCGCCGCCGCCGCCUGGCGGAUCGACGACAUCGCAGAGCGCUGCGAGGAGCCGCCGAGCGCGCAGGACCCGUGUGCCGCGGGCUCGGCCCGGCUGGGGCGCGAAGCCGACGAGUUCUGCGCGCGGCUGCUGUCCGACUCGCGCUACCGCAGCUGCGCCGGCCUCGUCGACGUGGCGGGCUUCCACGCGGCCUGCAGAUGGGACUACUGCUCGUGCGCCGACGCCGGGCCCAGCAGCUGCGCCUGCGACACCAUGGGCGUCUACGUGCGCCAGUGCGCCCACAGGGGCCUGGUGGCCCUGGCCGGCUGGAGGGACAGCAGCGUCUGCCCGAUGCGGUGCGACGGCGGCCGGGAGUACGCGGCCUGCGGCCCGGCGGCCGAGCCGACCUGCGCCGCGGACUCGUCCGCUCGCCUCGCCGCCGUGGACUCGAAUGGCUGCGAGGAGGGCUGCUUCUGCCCGGCCGGCACGGUACUGCACGAGGGCCGCUGCGUCGCGCCGGCCGAGUGCCCGUGCCGCCUGCGUGGCAGGUCGUUCGCGGCCGGCGCCACUGUGCCCAAGGACUGCAACACCUGUGUCUGCGCGGCCGGCCGCUGGACCUGCACCGAGACCAAGUGCGGCGCUCGCUGCUCGGCUAUCGGCGAUCCCCAUUACACCACCUUCGAUGGCAAGAGAUACGACUUCAUGGGCGAGUGUAGCUAUUACUUGGUCAAGGGCCACGACUACAGCGUGCAGGCGGAAAAUGCACCGUGCAGCAGCUCCAUCUCCGAGAUGAUGGGCUUGGCGAGGGGCUACCGAGACGGUGAUCCGUCGUGUACCAAAACGGUGACCAUCCGAGCGAACGAUGUGGCGGUGAAACUCAAGCAGAAUCGCCAGAUCUCGGUCAACGGCGAGGACGUGACGAAGCUGCCGCUGCUCGCCGGCGAAAUAAGAGUGCGCAUCGUCAGCAGCAUCUUCGUUGCAGUCGAGCUACCGAACGGACUGCAGGUCUUGUGGGACGGCGUCUCGCGAGUUUACAUCAAUGCACCCCCUCAGUUUAGAGGCCAAACCAAGGGCUUGUGUGGCACGUUCAGCGCCAGCCAGAAGGACGACUUCUUGACCCCCGACGGAGACGUGGAGCAAGCAGUCGUCGCUUUUGCCAACAAGUGGAAGACCGACGAGCACUGCGCCGACAUCAAGAAAGACUCGGACCAUCCCUGUGACGUCAACGCCCACAAGAGAGAUGCCGCUGAGAAGUACUGUGGUGUUCUGAAGACAAAGAUAUUCCUAGGCUGUCACUGGCACGUCGAUCCUGAGCCGUUCUACAAAGACUGCUUAUACGACAUGUGUGCCUGUGAGGACAGCAUUGAGCGCUGUUUGUGUCCGACUCUGGCUGCCUAUGCGAAAGACUGCGUUCAUUUGGGCGUAAUCGUUCCUUGGCGUCAACAAGUACACGAGUGUCGAAUACACUGUCCCGGUGAUCAAGAAUACCAAGCCUGCGGUAGCAGUUGCACUAGAUCUUGCGCCGACAUCUCGUUCCACGGAGAAUGCAAGGAAGAGUGCGUGGAGGGUUGCAACUGCCCGAAGGGUUCGACCCUCGACGUGAACGGCAAUUGCAUCCCCAUAAAUCAUUGUCCUUGCACCUACGGUGGAUUGGAGUUCCUCGCCGGCUACAAAGAAGUCAGGCCUGCCACGAAGGGUCAACAACUCUGCACUUGCGCAAGUGGAAGGUGGAGCUGUCAGCCGGCAACGCCCGACGAGAUAUCGGACUACCCGGCGAUGACGCAGCUGAAGUCUCUAUGCAGCGCAACGAAGCACCAAAAAGUGACGACUUGCGAACCGGUUGAGCAGCGCACUUGCGGUAACAUGCAUCGGCAUACGUCCCAGACGCCGGCGAUCUGCAGACCUGGAUGUGUUUGCAAGGCCGGCUACGUACUCGACGCACCGAGUGGCGAGUGCGUGCCGGAGAACCGAUGUCCUUGCUACCACGGUGGCAGGAGUUACAAGGAGGGCACGGUCAGGCAGAAGGAGUGCAACAGCUGCAAGUGCACUCAGGGCAAAUGGAAUUGCACGGAUAUUCGCUGCCCGGGAGUCUGUUCGGUGUGGGGCGACUCUCACUACAAGAGCUUCGACGACAAGCUGUUCGAUUUCCAGGGAGCCUGCGAGUACGUGCUCGCCAAGGGCAGGCUCAACGACGACGAGGCCUUCGACGUGACCGUUCGCAACGUGCCCUGCGGCACUACGGGCGUCACCUGCUCCAAAUCCGUAACCCUGACCGUCGGCAAGAACGACCACGCGCUGGAGGAGCGAGUAACGCUCACGCGCGGCAAAAGCAUGAGCGUCGAUGACUUCAAAGAUCUGCAACGAGUCGCCGUGCGCCGCGCGGGACUGUUCGUCUUCCUCGACGUGCCCGAUCUCGGCCUGGUCGUGCAGUGGGACGAGGGUACGCGAGCCUACGUCCGUCUGGACGCCAGGUGGAAGAGUCGCACGAAGGGCCUGUGCGGCGACUUUAACGACGACGCCGAGGAUGACUUCAAGACACCGUCGGGCGGUCUGUCGGAGGCUUCCGCCAGUCUGUUCGGCGACUCGUGGAAGCUAAGCGAGCUCUGCGCCGAGCCAAGCGAGAACCCGCCCGACACCUGCGCGCAACGACCCGAGAGGCAGCUGUGGGCCGUGCAGCAGUGCAGGAUCAUGAAGUCUGCCGUCUUCGAGGCCUGCCACUCGGAGGUGCCGCCCGAGCAGUACAUCGAGAGAUGCAUCUACGACACCUGCGGCUGCGACGAGGGUGGCGACUGCCAGUGUCUCUGCACGGCCAUAGCUGCUUACGCGCAACAGUGCAACGCGAUGGGUGUGCCCGUACACUGGAGAAGUCAACAGCUCUGCCCCAUGCAAUGCGACGAGACGUGUUCCAAGUACUCGUCAUGCGUGACGACCUGUCCGCGCGAGACCUGCGACAAUUUGGUCACGCUUGUCGACUCGUUGCACCUCUGCGACCAAGACACCUGCGUCGAAGGCUGCAAACCCAAAAGCUGUCCGGAAGGCCAAGUUUACCUCAACUCGUCGUAUGCCGAGUGCGUACCGCGAACGGACUGCAAGCCCGUGUGCACGAUCAUCAACGGAACUAUAUAUUACGAGGGCGACAAAGUCAAGGGUGACGACUGCCACUCGUGUUUCUGCAGCCGAGGCAAAGUGCUGUGCAAAGGACUGCCGUGCCAAGUGCCCUUCUCGACGCCGCUCAGUUAUACCCAAGUCGGCGGCACCGAGGAAGAGAAGUGCAGGAGUGGAUGGACGACGUGGCUGAAUAGAGACCGGCCGAAGGACGAUAGAUUCAGAAAUGAAAUCGAAGAAAUGCCUAGUACAGUAGAGUUGCUGAACGUCAAUGCAACGACGGCAGUGUGCGAUCGAACGCAAAUGAUCGACAUCAGGUGCCGAAAGGUCAACACGGCGCUGUCGCACAAAGAGGUGGGAUUGAACGUAGACUGCGGCAUCGACACCGGCUUCGUUUGCCGACUGUCCGACAAUCGCGGAGAGAACUGUCCGGACUUCGAGAUCAGUGUUCUUUGUGACUGCGGCGACGACCCGCCUCCAAUGACUGCGCCGCCUGCGAUCGAUCCAUGCGUGUUAAACACGUACCAAUCCAGUCCGUUAAAUUGCUUCGACUUCUUUCACUGCGGAAUCGGACCCUCUGGAAGCAACGAGUGGAUACCCAAGACGUGCGCUCCCGACAUGAUGUUUAACGACAGGAUCGAUAUUUGCGAUUGGCCGGCUAAUGUCGAAGUUGUCAGACCCGAAUGUCUAGGUGUACACUUUGCUGAAACCCCUGAGUCAAGAUGCAACCCAGGCGAGCACUGGGAUGAUUGUGCCAUAAGAUGCAGUCAAACUUGCCACGGUUACAAUCAUUUAUUGACGACCACUGAAGUGUGCAAUAGGACGAUCGAUUGCUUGCCAGGCUGUGUAUCGAAUUCGCGUACAGAUUGCACGGCUAAAGAUAACUAUUGGCUAAACGAAAACACGUGUGUCCAUAGUUCCGAUUGCACUUGCAUAUCCGAAAAUGGCCAAAUCGUACCACCGGGCCGGAAAGUUCAAGAGAACGAUUGCAAGACUUGCCAGUGUCUUAACAACCACUACACUUGCGAUGAAUCCUUGUGUAAUAGGCGAAAUGUAUCUGAAUCGAUUACUGUUCGGAAACCAAAGAUUUAUGAAUUUCGCGACGUGGUAAUCGUGCCACACGUGAGCAGUCCACCACGCGACUGUCUCGGCGAGAAUUACGCGUGGCUAACCGAACAGUCGCCCUUCGACGUGAACUUCAGCGCCAGUAGUUAUCUCAGCACCUUCGUGAGCAGCGAUAUGAUACGUCUCCAACGCACGACCACGCCGUUCGUUUGGCGACCGUCGGUGGACGACCAGCAGCCCUGGCUGGAAAUAGAGCUGGUUAAGCCGCAACCGAUCUACGGAAUCGUCGUCGGUGGCGAUCCAUUCGCGGACAUAUUCGUCACCAGUUACUACGUGCUAUUCUCCGACGACGGCUACGCGUUUUCGGUCGUCGGCAACUGGACAACGCCGGACGAGCUUCGCGGCCCGGCCGAGAGUAACGCGCCGGUGCAGCAGUUCUUUCAUCCGCCGAUCGAGGCUAAGUUCGUGAGAGUUUAUCCAGCCAAGUGGCACGGCGCGAUCGCCAUGCAAGUCGAAUUGAUUGCUUGCGCAGAGGAGCGGACGACGAGCACCAUUGCUCCACCAAUCGUGGUGACGCCUUCGGUCGUUCGACCAGUCUGCGACGACCCGAUGGGUUACGAUAGCGGCCUAAUGGACAGGCAUCAAGUUAUGGUCGCAUCCAGCUACGAUGGCAAGGAGCCCAAUCUCCGACUGUCGAAUCCGGACACUUGGCAUCCGUUCCUCGACAAUCCCAACCAGUACGUACAGUUCGACUUUUUGGAGCCGCGCAAUCUCACCGGCGUCGAGACCAAAGGAGGCGACGACACCUGGGUCACUCAGUAUACCGUCAAGUACAGCCAAGACGGAUUGGGCUGGAGUCCCAUUCUCGACAAAUUCGGCGCGGACAGAAAGUUUUUGGCGAACGUCGACGAUUACAGCAGCCGUGUCAACUACUUCGAUUUGCCGAUUUCUGCGAGACUGCUCAGGAUACAUCCCUAUAGUUGGCACAACCACGUCGGCAUGAGAGUGGAGAUACGCGGUUGCUUCCUUCCCUAUCCUCCGAUUGUCGGACCUUCAUCAGCGGCACCACCGCCAGCCAACUGCGACGUUUGCCCCGGCAUCGAAACCGAGGGCCAGUGUUUGUGCGGGGAGUCUCUCUGGUGGAACGGCCAGUCGUGCGUAGCCAUGCAGGAUUGUCCUUGCGUUGUCAACGGUAUCUCGUACUCGGUCGGCUCGAGCUACGAGACAGCCGACUGUCAGAUCUGCACCUGCGCCAUGAGUGGCUUCCCAAUGUGCAAUCCCAAAGUCUGCCCGGCAUGCUCGAUUCCAGAACAGCGCCCGGUCGUCGGCGAACUGUGCGCUUGUCUCUGCAAGAAUUGUCCGGCCGGUCAAAGGCUGUGUCGCACCAAUGACCUGUGCAUCGACGCGGACAAGUGGUGCAACGGAGUCAAGGACUGUCCCGACGACGAGCCAGACGACUGCGAGUACGAAUUCUCGUCGGACGCGACCAUCACAAAUACCACUAUUACGAAAAUUCAAUGUGUCACCACUUGCCCGCCCGGAUUCGUCACGGUGGAUAACAUCGUCGACGGCGUUAAUCUCGCCAACUUCAGCAUCACUAUGUCGCAAAAUCAAACUUAUGAGCAGUCAACUUUCGUGAAGGUAAAGCUUCCGCCGCCGAGAUUCGACUCUCGAUUCGCCGACGUGGAAGAAGAGGAGCCGCACAUCUGCCCGAAGAUCAUUUGUAAACGGGAAAUGGAGGUCGCGACCUGCGAGAAGCUGGAGUGCCCGGCGGGCUAUCAACCGACUUACGAUCCGGCCAAGAGUAUACGAAAGACGCUUGCAUGCGACAAUACUUGCAUACCGAUUCCCCCGAAAAUGCGAGUGUGCACGAUGAUAGGCAGGUCGUUCUCGACCUUCGACGGACUUGAUUACAAAUACGACGUAUGCAAUCACAUUUUGGCGAGAGACAUGGAUUUCAACAAGUGGUACAUCGUCGUGGAGAAAGUAUGCCAAGACCAAACCCUGCUGUGUCAGAAGAUCCUCACCGUAAGCUUCGAUGAGCACGUGGUGAUUCUAGAACCAAACAUGUACGUAACGAUCGAUGGUCAGCGCUACAAUCCGAGCGAAGUCAAGCGUCUCGGCGACAAGAAUCCCGCGAUGAAGAUAUCGCGCGUCGGCAAUGCACUGCGCUUCGAGACUCCGCGUUAUCCGUUCUGGACGCUGCUCGACGCUUCGGGCACCAUCAAGAUCGGCGUCUCUGAGCAGCUCGUCGACCGCGUCGACGGCAUGUGCGGCUACCUGGAUGGUAUAAUGGUUAACGACCAGCAGACGCCGAGCCACGAGCUGGCCAAGAGCGCGCACGAGUUCGGCGACAGCUGGAAGGUGCUGGACAGCGCCGAGUGUAGACUACAGGUCUGUCCACGAGAGGUCCAGCAGGAAACGUGGAGGGUAUGCACGAUGGCGCGCGAUCCGGCCUUCGACGCCUGCUCGAGCGCCCACGAUCGCGAGAAGUUCGUGGCGAGCUGUCUUGAGAGCCACUGCGCUUGCAUGACCGGCGGCAACCUCACGGCCCAGCAGUGCCGCUGCGACGCGCUCGCGGCUUACGUGUCGACGUGCCUGGCCGCUGACAGCAGCGUCGACCUGACCAACUGGAGAUCCGUGUACGAUUGUCCCGCUGUGUGCGACGCACCCUUCGUACCAAAGGACUGCUUCAGGCGCAAGUGCGAGCUGAGCUGCGAGAACCUACUGGAAUCCGAUCCCUGCCCGAGCGUCGACGACGUCUGCGUGCAGGGAUGCUUCUGUCCUGACGGCAUGGUACGCCACGGCGACACUUGCGUGCCGCCGGCCGAGUGUCGCGAUUGUGUCUGCGACGGUCUUGGUAACUCCAGAUUCGUGACUUUCGAUCGUAGCAACGUGCUCUUCAAUGCUAACUGCACGUACAUGCUGUCGAGAGAUGUAGCCGAUGCUUUUGAUGGCAAACACAAGUAUCAGAUUCUAGUUACCAAUGGUGCGUGCGACGAAGGCAUCUGCACCGAAGUGAUUACGACCUUCUACGAUGGCCAUAUCGUUCAGAUAAGAAAGAACAGCGAUCGAGGUCAGCUGAUUGCGUACGUCGACGAUCAGCAAAUCGCCUAUUAUCCAUUCGAUGCAACAUGGCUGGUCAUCGGAUUGACUCCCAGUGGAGACGUGCAACUACUGAUGCCCGAGAUACAGAUGGAGAUCGUCGCUUUCAAGCGUAAUUUGGCGUUCGUCUUGCGUUUGCCGUCGCAUACCUUUGGUGGUGCGAUGGAGGGUCUCUGCGGUAACUGCAACGGCAGACAACACGACGACCUGAAGAUGCACGACGGCCAGUUGACGAACGACCAGCAGGAGUUCGGCAACAGCUGGGCGGCUAAAAACUUGCCCGACUCGCUGAACCUCAACGUCGACGCAGAGCAGUGCUCGAGUAGGACGCCCAAAUCUUGCGCGGAACAGCCGUCAAUGAACGGCUUCUGCGAGCAACUGCUGCUGGACGUCGCGUUCGCCCGCUGCCACGGAAUGGUCAACCCGUCGCCCUACUACCUCGCCUGCAAGGACACCCUUUGUCAGGGUGGCAACGCUUGCGCCAACUUCGAAGCCUACGCCAGGAUGUGCACGAUGAACGGGGCUUGCAUUGCCUGGCGUACUCCGCAGCUUUGCCCCUACGAGUGUGCCGACAACUUGGAGUACCAGGCGUGCGGCACAGGCUGCGCAAAAACCUGCAAGACCAUCGAAAGCUCCGUCGCGUGCAGAGCCGACCCGGUGGAGGGCUGCUUCUGCCCCGAGGAUUUCGUUUGGCAGAACGGCACUUGCAUACCGACGCGCAAUUGCUUCGCUUGCGACGAGGAAGGUCACGUCGACGGAGACACCUGGCAACCUGAUAAAUGCACUCACUGUACCUGUAAGCAACGACUGAUCAGUUGCAGUCACGCCGAGUGUCCUGCCAUCGAGACUGUCUGCAACGAGCACUCCGAUGCCGUGAUAGUGCCGGGCACGGAGACCGAUUGCUGCCCGAAAUACUUGUGCGUGCCUCGUCCCACAGAAGCACCAGCUUGCAUGGAAAUGCAACAACCGCAAUGUGGCUAUGCCCAAACGCUCAAAGUAACCGUAGACGCUAACGGUUGCCAGAAAUUCAUCUGUCAAUGUGUACCGAAAGACCAAUGCUCGCUGUACGAUAACGACGUCGGAUCGAACUCAGACGUACUAGAGCCCGGUUACGCGAUGACAACCGACAUAUCUGGAUGCUGUCCGAAGACGACGAAAGUUUGUAAACCAGAAACGUGUCCUCCGGUACCAAUAUGUCAAAAGUAUUAUAAAGUUGUAACUGUAGAUAAUCCAAAUGCUUGUUGCCCUCGAAUUAUCUGUGAACCACCUAAGGAUUUGUGCUUGUACUAUAUGGACUCGAGCAACGAUCUCGAAUUCAAUGAAAACCUCGUAGCGAAGCAAAUAGGUGAUGUCUGGCUAGAUGGAUUAUGCAAGACUUGCACAUGUGACUUCAACGAUGGCGUACCUACAUCGAAAUGUGUUACGAAGGAUUGCAUAAAAUUGGAGAACCACCCGGAUGCAAAUGACUACGUGUUGAAGAGUAACGCUUUAGAGUCUCAGUGCUGUUCUAGUUUCGAAAGGAUCGCUUGCAAGGACGAUAAUCGCGUUUAUCAGGUUGGAGAAAAAUGGUAUCCUCUGUUGGACGACAGUUGCGUGACCACAGAAUGUCUACUAGACUCGAACGGUUUGCGUAAGAAGACGUUCACGAAGGUUUGCACGGACAUUUGUGAGCUUGGCUACAAAUAUCAGGAGAGCCAAGAUCGUGGUGUUUCUUGUUGCGGCGAGUGCAAACCUUACGCUUGCGUCGUCGAUGGUAUACUUAAGGAUGUGGGCGACGUUUGGUAUUCCGACGAUUAUUGCGUGAAGAGUACUUGCGAAAAGAAGAACGGAUCGCUGCACGUGAAAUCUGUGAGCGAAACUUGCGAAACGAUCAAUCCAAUGGACAAAAUUAAUUACCAAAUAGAGAUGGUACCGGUACCCGGUAAAUGCUGUCCGAAACUUACAAGAAUAGCCUGUCUCGCCGAUGGAUUGGUAUAUGAAGCUGGAAGCUCGUGGAAUAAUUCAUUAGACAGUUGUGUAUUGGAGUCUUGCGUUGAGACUCCAGAUGGUCAGAUCGUCAAGAAUAAGGAGUCGAAGACUUGUAACACGGCUUGCCCGAAAGGUUGGAAGUACCAGAAGUCAGCCGAUCCCAAAGCAUGUUGCGGUGAAUGCGAACAAGUAUAUUGCAUCGUCGACGACUACUUAUACGAACCUGGUCAAACUUGGUACUCCAGCGACAAUUGCACGACAUAUUCUUGCGCCGAAAAGAGCGAUCAGCUACUCAUAACCACGAGUUCUCCCGUAUGUCCGAAAAUAGAUUGUGCUCCGGAAAUGAUUAUACACGACGGAUGUUGCCAAAAAUGCGAAUACAGAGCUGAGCCCCAACAACAAUGCGUCGCGGAGGUGUUCGACUUCUCCGAAACUAUAGGACUAAUCGCCGAGAAGAAAGGACAUCACGGCGUGUGUAAAAACAUGGAGCCCAUUAAGGGCUUAGCGGAAUGCUACGGGCACUGCGAUUCCUCGACGCGUUAUGACACUAAAACUUGGGAUCAAGUGAUCGAUUGCUCGUGUUGCCAGCCGUUAGACUACAAGAAGAUCAAUGUCCAGUUGACGUGCGAAGACGGCAUAACGUUUAAGCGAGUACUCACUGUACCAACGAUCUGCUCUUGCGAAGCUUGCACUGGUAAGAAACAUCCGAAACAUCAUGGCUUAAAACAGAUGUUGCAGAAAUACAAGGAAGAGAGAAAAAUGAAAAACUCAUAGUUAAUAAGUUAAUUCCUAGUUAAUGUAAGUAAUUCUCAGGUAAGAUUUGUAGACUAUUAA